AUGUGGUUUAAAGUUUUGGUUUUAUUUUUAAUUUUUUAUCAGAAGGAGGUGCAAAGUUGGACAAAUUACAGAGUCACCUUAAGAUCUGCAGAACUUGUUCAUCUUGAGAAGGGAUAUAUUUCAGAUGACUAUGUGUACGAAAUAAAGAGAAGAAAUCGAACUUACUCAGCUGUACUUUUAAAUCUUACAACAAUUAGAGUAGUGGAAAAUUUCAAUAUAACAGUGCAGUUUUACCAACAGGCAAGUAACCAAUUUAAAGAAUUUCUUCCUUGUAUGACAAUAGAUUAUUGUACCAUGAUAAACCCAAAGGCUGUUAGCCAGCAGGUGGGUUUUGCAGACACUUUUUUCAAAAAAUUAAAGGAACACAUUAUAAAUCUAUUAUUUGCGGAUGGACAUAAACUACCAAAGAGCUGUCCCAUACUUAAGGAUAACUAUUAUGCAGAGUUACAUAUUGAUGAAACAAAACUACCUUCAUAUCUUUUGCCAAAUGGAAGGUACAAGCUCCAGAUAAUAUUUUCUUUGCAUGGAAAGAAACUUGUUGACUCUUACACCGGCUUUGAUCUUAGGACUUACUCUUCAGAAAAACAAAAGCAAAGACUUUGA